AUGGCAGCCAAUGCCGUGUUCCUGCACCAUUAUGCAUCUGAACCGCCACCGGGCAGCUCUGCAUCUGAGUGGGCAGGAAAUAUGACGGCUGCGGAUGACUUCAAUGCGACGACCUAUGGAGGCGGCGUGUAUGGACAGGAUCGUGCUUUCCACAGCAACUUCUAUCAGGUCUCGCUAGACGGCGUUAUUGUAGAGUCGCUGGUCGCCAUCGCUGUUCUCUCGCUGUGCCUGGGUGCUGUUUGUGUUCGCAAAGGAUGGGUUGGCCCGGCGAGGCUACAGCCAGGGGAUCUGCGCGCUCUGACGACUUUCUCAGAUGCAUACCGAAUAGCUGAUCUGGAGCUCGAGCCGGAUGUGUUGGGUUACGACAUAGAGCCGUGGUGCUUCAUCGGGCAGCGCAUAUCCGCAACAACCCCAAUCUUGGAAUGGAGUGACAUGUUUUCUGGUGCCCCGCGGGGCUUCCUCGUGGACUUGGCCAAGGGCAUUGAUAUUGAGCUGCUCGCCUUCCAACACCGCGUGUGGAUAAACAAAGGCGAGUUUGCCUCUCAUUUGCCGACCGUCUUAGUAGCACAAGAAUGGCGGAGAUGGGCCAUGGAGGACCUCCAGAAUGCCGUCUCGCCAGAGGAAGAAUACCGAGAAUCGAUUCGGCGUCGAAUCAAGUGGAUUGAUGACAUCCGCGACCUUUCGCUUCUGGGGGUCGCGCAGCUCCGUGACACUCAGUGUUGGGAUGAUUCGGACGAUCUCUCUUUGCUCAUCGCGUUCAGAGAGCGCAUCUUGCCGGAGCUGAGGAAGUACUACAGCAAUUGGUCAGUGUUCGAGAUGAUGCAGUCCUUCUCAAUCGGGACUGGUGAUGUGGUCUCCUACUUCACACAGACCCUGCGCAACACCAUGCGGUUUCUGGAGAAGGUUUUCUGCACAUAUGAGCUGCGCCUGAAGAAUCUGCAAGGAAAGGCAGAGGAUCAGAAACACCUGGUCGACCGCAAUGUGCUGGAGUUCUGCGAGUAUGCUGGCCUGUUCAACAGCAGCUUUCCGCAGAAUUUCCGCAGCAAGUUCUUCGAUCCGGAGCAACUGAAGCAGCUAGAGGCGGAGGUGAACAAAUCCUCGGCUUCGCCACCCUCGACUUUCCGCAAAGUCAGGAACCAUCCCGAGGAGAUGGCGGACGUCGAGAAGGAUCACGUGAAAGCGAUGCAGAGGGAGUACUUUCCCUCGCAGUUUGGCUUGAAGGAGCACCAGGAUGAGUUCUUGGAGAUGCUGCGCCACUAUGUGGUCCUCUUGCGGCACUGUUAUGUGCUUCUCGAUUUGAUCUUGCUGCUGGCGAGCAUUCAGGGCUUCGCAAGACUUGGUGGAACCAAUCUGCUGACCGAUCUCGUGAGCAAGGCUCAUGGCCAAAGCGUCAUGAGCUUUGCGAAAGACGAAGUGUCGGAGGUGAAGCAGAACCUUGUCCAGAUUGCAGACAUCGCUCAAGGUGGGUGGUCAAAUUUCCGGAGGCAGCGGAGAGACAGUGCAUGGUCAAACAAAAGUCCCUUGGACAAUGUGCGCAUGUCCAUCAACUUGAUGGACACCGUCGAAAGGACCCACGACAAUGCCGUCCACAAGAUCGGAGUUCUGAAAGCGCAAAUUGCUAAAGCUCGUGGUGGUGGCGACCCAUCGAGAGAACUCUCGGCGGAGGUGCAGCUCCUUGGCUCUUCUUGGUAG